AGUCAGGAGUCUGCAGCUGCUUCCCUCCAUGUCAUCGUGCUGCGCAUUUCUGCUCAGAGAGAGAAGAGAAGAGUCAUCGUCCACUCAGCUCCUGUUGUUUUCUGCAGGUUUUCUGAUCAUCAGUCAUGAACCCAGAUCUUCAUCCAGAUCUCACCAUCGUCCUGCUUGGAAAAGCAGGAGUUGGUAAAAGUGCUUCAGGAAACACCAUCCUGGGACGACCAGCGUUUAAGUCAAAGCCUGCCUUGAAAUCAGUUACAGAAGAAAUCUCUGAACAAAAAGGAAAUGUCUUCGGGAAACAGAUCUCAGUGGUCGACACUCCGGGAAUAUUAGACAGCAAAGACACGGAGGAGAAGAUCAAAAGCUGGUGUCAGGAGCUCCUGCAGUCGUCCAGACGUUGUCUGUUUCUGGUGGUGCUCAGAGUUGGACGGUUCACAAAGGAGGAACAGAAGGCUGUGAAGGCGGCUAUGAGAGUCCUCGGGUCCCGGGGGUUGAAAGAGACUUACCUGCUCUUCACCGGAGGUGAUGCUCUAAAAGACAAGUCAUUGGAGGAUUUUAUCAUUAAAGAUGAAGAUACACUUCCAGAUGUUGUUAAAAUGUUUGCGGGGGCGUAUCACCUCUUCAACAAUGAGGAUGACGAUGAAGAACAAGUCAGAGAGUUGCUGCUGAAGUCAGGCCAUCUCGAAACCCAGCAACAACCUGAUCCACCAGCUGAUGUUUCCAGAGACAGGAGGGUCGUGCUGUUCGGUCGACCUGGAGCUGGAAAAAGUGCAUCAGGAAACACCAUCCUGGGAUCAGAUCAGUUCAGAUCAGCCGGUGGUUUUGAUUCAGUCAGUACUGAGACGGUCUCUAAAUCAGCCGUGGUGGAAGGUCGUAAGGUCACAGUGGUCGACACUCCAGGAUUCACUGAUGAAGUUCUGACUCCUGAACAACUGUGCCUGGAGAUCAUGAAGUCGAUAGUUGAGGCCAGUCCAGGACCACAUGCCCUCGUCAUCGUUGUCAGAAUAGGCAGAAUCACCAAAGCAGACGUCACACUGUUUGAGCUACUUCUUAAACUGUUUGAUGGUGAAGCUGAUAGGUACUCCAUGGUGCUGUUCACUCAUGGAGAUCAGCUAAAAGGCCAGAGCAUUGAGGAUGAGAUAAAGUCCAACACACUCGUGUCAGAACUGGUCUCCAUGUGUGGUGGUAGAUACUGUGUGUUUCACAACGGAGCCAAAAGAAGCAGAGAGCAGGUUAGAAACCUCCUGAAUCAAAUAGAUGAGAUGGUCACAGAGAAUGGUGGAGAACACUACACAGAUGAGAUGUUCAGGAUGGCCCAGACGUUCUUUAAAGAAGAAAUGAACCGGUCAGGCGGCGGUGAUGACAAAGUAAAAGAAAGGAACCGGUCAGACAGCAGUGGUGACAAAGUAAAAGAAAGGAACCGGUCAGACAGCAGUGGUGACAAAGUAAAAGAAAGGAACCGGUCAGACAGCAGUGGUGACAAAGUAAAAGAAAGGAACCGGUCAGACAGCAGUGGUGACAAAGUAAAAGAAAGGAACCGGUCAGACAGCAGUGGUGACAAAGUAAAAGAAAGGAACCGGUCAGACAGCAGUGGUGACAAAGUAAAAGAAAGGAACCGGUCAGACAGCAGUGGUGACAAAGUAAAAGAAAGGAACCGGUCAGGCGGCGGCGGUGACAAAGUAAAAGAAAGGAACCGGUCAGGCGGCGGCGGUGACAAAGUAAAAGAAAGGAACCGGUCAGGCGGCGGCGGUGACAAAGUAAAAGAAAGGAACCGAUGA